AUGGGCAAGAAAACAAGAGCACCAUGCUACGUCCUCGGCGUCGGCAUGACAAAGUUCAUCAAGCCUAGGGGCAAGGUCGACUAUACAGAACUGGGCUUUGAAGCCGGUGUCAAGGCGAUGCUAGAUGCUCAAAUCAACUACGACGAUGUCGAGCAAGGUAUCGCCUGUUACUGCUACGGUGACAGCACUUGUGGCCAACGCGUCUUCUAUCAAUUCGGCAUGACCCAAAUCCCCAUCUACAACGUCAACAACAACUGCAGCACUGGUUCGACAGGUCUCAACCUCGGACGUACUAUGGUUGCCAACGGGGCUGCGGAUUGUGUUCUGGUAGUUGGGUUCGAGAAGAUGUUCCCAGGCUCUCUGCAGAGUUUCUUCCAGGAUCGUACGAACCCUACUGGUACAACUGUGGACAUGAUGAAGGCAACCAGAGGCAUCACUAACGCACCUGGUGCUGCUCAGAUGUUCGGCAACGCUGGAAGGGAGUACAUGGAAAAGUACGGCGCAAAGAAGAAAGACUUUGCUGAGAUUGCAAGAGUCAACCACGAGCACUCGAAGCGUAACCCCUACUCGCAAUUCCAAGACGAAUACACUCUGCAGCAAGUCAUGGACUCGACGUCGAUUCAUGAACCCUUGACUAAACUGCAAUGCUGUCCUACCUCAGAUGGUGGUGCAGCUGCAGUUUUGGUGUCUGAGGAUUUCUUGAAUGCUCGACCACACCUCAGGGAGCAAGCAGUCCUCAUCGCUGGCCAGUGUCUUGCCACUGAUGCAACUUCCUUGUUCUCGCGCAGCAGCAUCGACUUGAUGGGCUACGAGAUGACGAAGAAUGCUGCAAAGAUCGCUUUGGCCGAAGCAGGUGUCUCGAUCUCGGAUAUCAAGGUCUGCGAACUCCAUGACUGCUUCUCAGCCAACGAGAUGAUUGUCAUCGAUGCACUCGGAUUGAGCGAGCACGGCAAGGCACAUGAAAUGGUGCGCAAAGGAGACAUUACUUACGGCGGAAAGAUGGUUAUUAACCCUUCGGGCGGACUCAUUUCCAAGGGGCAUCCACUCGGAGCAACGGGCAUUGCACAGUGUGCCGAGUUGGUGUGGCAUCUGCGUGGCUGGGCCAACAACCGACUGGUCAAGGGUACGACAGCGGCGCUACAGCACAACCUUGGUCUAGGCGGAGCUGUUGUGGUUACGGUUUACAAGAGAGCGGACGGUAAGACGAGUGAGUCUAUGGACUCGCAGACGGUCGGACAGAAGAACGGACUUGGAUACAACCCAGCAGUCGAGGCCAAGGGCUUCAGCAAGGACCAGGUGAACCGAGUGCGCAGCAAGCAGCACAGGAGCGACUGGGCGCUGGCAGACACUGAGCGAAAGGUGGAGGCGCGAUUUUAA